UCAUCCUAAUAUCAUUGAUAAUAAAGGUAUGACAUGUCUUCAUCACUCUUGUCAUCAUGGUCAUAUUGAUAUCACUCAAUAUCUCAUUGAGAUACAGCAUUGCGAUAUUAAUAAAACAGAUAAUGAAGGACGCACGUUAGUACAUCAUGCUGCAUGGAGUGGUAACUUUGAUUUAGUUCAGUAUCUUAUUACUGAACAAGGUUACACUCACUUUAUCAAGCAUAUCACCAGUCAGUAUCCUCAAUACAUUAGUUUACUACACUUAACUGACAAUGAUGGUGGGAUACCAUUGCAUUUAGCCUGUGACAGUGGUAAUAUUCAAUUAGUCACAUUUCUAAUAAAUGAAAUGAAAUGUGAUGUCAAUGCUAAGAAUACACGUGAUAGUACAUGUGUCACAUUUGCCUGUUUUUCAGGUAAUCUUGAUCUAGUACAAUUACUGAUAGAACACUAUAAGCUUGAGCCUUUAGCUGCUGAUAAAUAUGGUUUCACAGCAAUACAUGGAGCAGUAGAGACUGGUCAUACUCAUAUACUGGAAUGGUACAGUCAGGAGUAUAGUGUGGAUAUUAAUAAUCACACUAUCAAUAACAAGUACACACUAGCUCAUUCAGCUGCUAAUGAAGCAGCUAAGACUUCUAAUGGAUCAACAGUUCUUCACAUUACCUGUCAGUACAGUGACUCUCUUCCUAUACUCAAAUAUCUGAUAGAGAAUCAUCAGUUAGAUCUGUGUGCUGUGAAUGAUGAGGGAAUGGCUCCUAUUCAUUUAGCAUGUAGUAAUGGAAGAUUGAACUUGAUCCAGUAUAUUAUAGAACUCAUACCAUCAUCACUUGAACUACUUCACACUAAAGAUGGUCAUACUCCAUUCCUUAUUGCAGUGUACUUCAAUCAGUUAGAAGUUAUUAAAUAUCUCAUUAGUAAGAAGUGUAAUCUAUCAGCUACUGAUGAUGAAGGGUCUGGAGCAGUUCACAUAUCAGUAGAGAGGGGUCACUUGAAUGUAUUGAAGUAUCUCAUUGAUAAUAAUUAUUGUAAUCCUAAUGCAACCAAUCAUCAAGACCGUACACCACUACAUGUUGUUGUAGCAGCUGAACAGUCUCAAAUAUUAGAAUAUUUAUUAGAAAUUAAACCAAGCUUACUUAAUAAUGUACAAGAUAAAGAUUACACUUUACAGAUUACACUUUAA